ACAUAGAAAAACAGAAACCCAUCCAGGACAGUUGAUGAAUGGAUCGCCUCCUCUAACUUGUGCUGGUAGACACAAGAACAGCCUUAAAAUGUGAUAAAAUAUCAUAUUUAACAUGGACCUACUAAGACGUUAUUUGUUCAUUUUUCUGUUACCUGCCAUUUUGCUGUCAUUAAGCAUCUCUUCGACCACAACCUCCGACCACACGAACGAGUGGAAGGGUGGAGACGGUGUGAAGGGGUCACGAGUGCGAAGGCAGAACUUACACCCACCAGAUGCAUUACGUUUACCAGAAAAGGCUUAUGCUCUGUAUGUUUUAUGGAGACUUUUGAAUGAAGUUUCCAACGAUACAAACCCCAUCAGACCAUCAACAAUGACACCGGACAAACUGGAAUCUAGGACAUCAGAAGGGCCAAAGAACACGGAGAUCGUCUUCAAAGCAGAGGAUGAACCAUCUUCAGCUCCCACACAGGAACAAAACACUCACUCCACUGGGAUUACAGUUAUGGCAUCUUUCCCCACCGACCCGUCAUUAUCAGAUUUACAGAAAACAACUCAAUCAGGAGAUUCACAACAAGACAAACAAUCACCUCAACGACUCCAGACAACACAAAAAAUACCAGAACCCAGUCAAGAGGAACACAUCCCUGAUCCCACAACAUUACCAAUCAAAAUCUCCUCUAAAGCAGCGGAGGAAUCUUCUUCAACUAUCAUUCAUGAACGAAUUGGCCAUUUGACUGGUAUUACUGAUACAAAGGACUCUAGAGCCAUGGGAUCUCUCCCAACACACUCACAGAAAACAACCCAAUCAGGAGAUUCCCAACUAAUUGAACAAUUAACAAUCUCUAAACAGAAAAUGACUGAACCCAGUCAAGUUACGGAGCAACACAUCCCUGAUUACACAACAUUCACAAACAAAAUCUCCUCUAAAGUAGUGAAGGAACUCUUUCCAACGACCACACAUGACCAAAUUGAAGGUUUUACUGAUAUGACUGGUAAAACUGAUUCUCCAGCUAUAAUGUCUUUCCACACUGAUCAGCCAAAACAAUCAACACAGCAUUUCCAGAGACCCAAAUUUCCACUGAUAUCCACAGAAUACAGAAAUGAAAAGGAAACUCCACUAGAGACCACCAUAAACUCACACAUCACAAACCAUGGCAUGGUUGCCUCAACAAGGGAAACCCCCAGCCUGCGACGCACUUCACUUCUACAAACAAUGAAGCAUGAACAUUCAAGAAGAGUCAUCACUGGGAUGGUGAAAGGCAUUUUAAGACCCACUCUACCUGCAAGGACAAAAACCCCAACUUUAAGUUCAUCAGCAGUCCAGCUUGAACUUCUAGAAACUGCUUCAUACACACGUUCUGUAACUUGGCACAAUGGGAAGCCCAACCAGUUUGUGACGGCCACAAAUCGGAGAGAUCCAAAACCUACGCCACCUUCAUCCACAUUGAAGCAACAAAUCCAAGACUCUACUUCACUUCUCACAGUAGAAAGCCCCAAUUCACAUAUCAAUGGGUUCACGGCAGAUCCAGAACCUCACAAACCCACACCAGCAGAAGAGCCAACAAAUCAACACACAAAUCAACUCCUCCCUGAUUCCACAACAUUUACAAUAAAAAAUUACACACCACAACUAUUCACUCAACAAUCAACUCAACAUCUCCAGCAAUCCAAGCAGGAAAUCUCAGAACCCAGUCAAGAGGAACACAUCCCUGAUCCCACAACAUUAGCAAUCAAAAUCUCCUCUAAAGCAGCGGAGGAAUCUUCUUCAACCAUCAUUCAUGAACGAAUCGGCCAUUUCACUGGUAUUACUGAUACAAAGGACUCUAGAGCCAUGGGAUCUCUCCCAACACACUCACCGAAAACAACCCAAUCAGGAGAUUCCCAACUAGUUGAACAAUUAACAAUCUCUAAACAGAAAAUGACUGAACCCAGUCAAGUCACGGAGCAACACACUCCUGAUUACACAACAUUCACAAUCAAAAUCUCCUCUAAAGUAGUGAAGGAACUCUCUCCAACUACCAUAUACACCCAAAUUGCAGGUUUUACUGAUAUGACUGGUACACCUGAUUCUCCAGCUAUAAUGUCUUUCCCGACUGAACCGACACCACAAGAGCCACAAAAUAACUCUCAGUCAGGAGCACCACAACUAUUCACUCAACAAUCAACUCAACAUCUCCAGCAAUCCAAGCAGGAAAUCUCAGAACCCAGUCAAGAGGAACACAUCCCUGAUCCCACAACAUUACCAAUCAAAACCUCCUCUAAAGCAGCGGAGGAAUCUUCUUCAACUAUCAUUCAUGAACGAAUUGGCCAUUUCACUGGUAUUACUGAUACAAAGGACUCUACAGCCAUGGGAUCUUUAACACACUCACCGAAAACAACCCAAUCAGGAGAUUCCCAACUAGUUGAACAAUUAACAAUCUCUAAACAGAAAAUGUCUGAACCCAGUCAAGGCACGGAGCAACACAUCCCUGAUCCCACAACAUUAGCAAUCAAAAUCUCCUCUAAAGCAGCAGAGGAAUCUUCUUCAACUAUCAUUCAUGAACGAAUUGGCCAUUUCACUGGUAUUACUGAUACAAAGGACUCUACAGCCAUGGCAUCUCUCCCAACACACUCACCGAAAACAACCCAAUCAGGAGAUUCCCAACUAGUUGAACAAUUAACAAUCUCUAAACAGAAAAUGACUGAACCUUCAUUCACAUUGAAGCAACAAAUCCAAGACUCUACUUCACUUCUCACAGUAGAAAGCCCCAAUUCACAUAUCAAUGGGUUCACGGCAGAUCCAGAACCUCACAAACCCACACCAGCAGAAGAGCCAACAAAUCAACACACAAAUCAACUCCUCCCUGAUCCCACAACAUAUACAAUAAAAAAAUACACACCACAACUAUUCACUCAACAAUCAACUCAACAUCUCCAGCAAUCCAAGCAGGAAAUCUCAGAACCCAGUCAAGAGGAACACAUCCCUGAUCCCACAACAUUAGCAAUCAAAAUCUCCUCUAAAGCAGCGGAGGAAUCUUCUUCAACUAUCAUUCAUGAACGAAUCGGCCAUUUCACUGGUAUUACUGAUACAAAGGACUCUACAGCCAUGGGAUCUUUAACACACUCACAGAAAACAACCCAAUCAGGAGAUUCCCAACUAAUUGAACAAUUAACAAUCUCUAAACAGAAAAUGACUGAACCCAGUCAAGUCACGGAGCAACACAUCCCUGAUUCCACAACAUUCACAAACAAAAUCUCCUCUAAAGUAGUGAAGGAACUCUCUCCAACUACCAUAUACAACCAAAUUGAAGGUUUUACUGAUAUGACUGGUAAAACUGAUUCUCCAGCUAUAACGUCUUUCCACACUGAUCGGCCAUCACAAAGAAAACAAUCAACACAGCAUUUCCAGAGACCCAAAUUUCCACUGAUAUCCACAGAAUACAGAAAUGAAAAGGAAACUCCACUAGAGACCACCAUAAACUCACACAUCACAAACCAUGGCAUGCUUGCCUCAACAAGGGAAACCCCCAGCCUGCGGCGCACUUCACUUCUACAAACAAUGAAGCAUGAACAUUCAAGAAGAGUCAUCACGGGGAUGGAUAAAGGCAUUUUACGACCCACUCUACCUGCAAGGACCAAAACCCCAACUUUAAGUUCAUCAGCAGUCCAGCUUGAAGAUCUAGAAACUGCUUCAGACACACAUUCUGUAACUUGGCACAAUGGGAAGCCCAACCAGUUUGUGACGGCCACAAAUCGGAGAGAUCCAAAACCUACGCCACCUUCAUCCACAUUGAAGCAACAAAUCCAAGACUCUACUUCACUUCUCACAGUAGAAAGCCCCAAUUCACAUAUCAAUGGGUUCACGGCAGAUCCAGAACCUCACAAACCCACACCAGCAGAAGAGCCAACAAAUCAACACACAAAUCAACUCCUCCCUGAUUCCACAACAUAUACAAUAAAAAAUUACACACCACAACUAUUCACUCAACAAUCAACUCAACAUCUCCAGCAAUCCAAGCAGGAAAUCUCAGAACCCAGUCAAGAGGAACACAUCCCUGAUCCCACAACAUUAGCAAUCAAAAUCUCCUCUAAAGCAGCGGAGGAAUCUUCUUCAACCAUCAUUCAUGAACGAAUCGGCCAUUUCACUGGUAUUACUGAUACAAAGGACUCUAGAGCCAUGGGAUCUCUCCCAACACACUCACCGAAAACAACCCAAUCAGGAGAUUCCCAACUAGUUGAACAAUUAACAAUCUCUAAACAGAAAAUGACUGAACCCAGUCAAGUCACGGAGCAACACACUCCUGAUUACACAACAUUCACAAUCAAAAUCUCCUCUAAAGUAGUGAAGGAACUCUCUCCAACUACCAUAUACACCCAAAUUGCAGGUUUUACUGAUAUGACUGGUACACCUGAUUCUCCAUCUAUAACGUCUUUCCCGACUGAACCGACACCACAAGAGCCACAAAAUAACUCUCAGUCAGGAGCACCACAACUAUUCACUCAACAAUCAACUCAACAUCUCCAGCAAUCCAAGCAGGAAAUCUCAGAACCCAGUCAAGAGGAACACAUCCCUGAUCCCACAACAUUACCAAUCAAAACCUCCUCUAAAGCAGCGGAGGAAUCUUCUUCAACUAUCAUUCAUGAACGAAUUGGCCAUUUCACUGGUAUUACUGAUACAAAGGACUCUACAGCCAUGGGAUCUUUAACACACUCACCGAAAACAACCCAAUCAGGAGAUUCCCAACUAGUUGAACAAUUAACAAUCUCUAAACAGAAAAUGUCUGAACCCAGUCAAGGCACGGAGCAACACAUCCCUGAUCCCACAACAUUAGCAAUCAAAAUCUCCUCUAAAGCAGCAGAGGAAUCUUCUUCAACUAUCAUUCAUGAACGAAUUGGCCAUUUCACUGGUAUUACUGAUACAAAGGACUCUACAGCCAUGGCAUCUCUCCCAACACACUCACCGAAAACAACCCAAUCAGGAGAUUCCCAACUAGUUGAACAAUUAACAAUCUCUAAACAGAAAAUGACUGAACCCAGUCAAGUUACGGAGCAACACAUCCCUGAUCCCACAACAUUAGCAAUCAAAAUCUCCUCUAAAGUAGUGAAGGAACUCUCUCCAACUACCAUACAUGACCAAAUUGAAGGUUUUACUGAUAUGACUGGUACACCUGAUUCUCCAGCUAUAAUGUCUUUCCCGACUGAUCAGCCAAAACAAUCAACACAGCAUUUCCAGAGACCCAAAUUUCCACUGAUAUCCACAGAAUACAGAAAUGAAAAGGAAACUCCACUAGAGACCACCAUAAACUCACACAUCACAAACCAUGGCAUGCUUGCCUCAACAAGGGAAACCCCCAGCCUGCGACGCACUUCACUUCUACAAACAAUGAAGCAUGAACAUUCAAGAAGAGUCAUCACUGGGAUGGAUAAAGGCAUUUUAAGACCCACUCUACCUGCAAGGACCAAAACCCCAACUUUAAGUUCAUCAGCAGUCCAGCUUGAACUUCUAGAAACUGCUUCAGACACACAUUCUGUAACUUGGCACAAUGGGAAGCCCAACCAGUUUGUGACGGCCACAAAUCGGAGAGAUCCAAAACCUACGCCACCUUCAUCCACAUUGAAGCAACAAAUCCAAGACUCUACUUCACUUCUCACAGUAGAAAGCCCCAAUUCACAUAUCAAUGGGUUCACGGCAGAUCCAGAACCUCACAAACCCACACCAGCAGAAGAGCCAACAAAUCAACACACUCAACAAAAUGCAAUCAAUACCGCAAAAUCUUCAAGAGACAGUUUAAUGCAACACUUCAUGACAACUCGCAUAUUAACAAAAGGUUCAUCCGCAAGCAGAAAAACCGAUUCCACAUCACACCAUUUAGUUGACUCGAGAGAACCAGGGGACACAUCAUCUGCUGCACCAUUCAGAACCAAUCAGAUUAAUCCAAAAACACAAUCACAGAGCAUAACAAACAAAUAUCCCAUCUUUGGCACAAUAAUGUCCCAUACAAGUGUCCAGUUAGUAAAGGACACAUCAACUCAAGCUCCCAAAGAUAGAGUCCGAUCGUCUCAAACUAUUCCAGUCUUCACUGUGACAUUCGCUCCAAAUCCAAAACCUUCAGAAAACCAUAUUCUUACAACAUCAGUUGGAUUUCUGACAUUAAAAACCCAGGAAAUUCCAUCCUGGAUAUCAACAAAACGGUCCAAUGUACAGCCCACUGAAACAACAGGGCCUCGAUCGGGCUUGACGAAUCAAGAACCUACAGCAGAUACAGUGGCAAAGGAAAAUCACGCCAACCAAACAAAAUCAAAACCAACGCAAAGCACAAUUGGACGCAAACUGAGUAAGACGACUCGUAAGAUGAUGUCAAAAACACAAAAGGUCUCAAAUUCCAAGACAUUUAUUACUCCAACACACAAAUCAGCUGAUACUGCAAUAAUACAUGACAAGCAAACCCACAGAGGAAUGUUUGGAUUACUCUUCACUCUUGGGUGCCUCAUCCUGCUGAUAAUUGUAAUCUUGCUUCGGGUCGUAUGGAAAAUAUGGCAGACCCGGCAUUGGAGGAACAACAACAUGUGGGUGGCGGGUCACCCUCUACUGUGUGGAACAUAUCGUUCAGUCUGGCAGACCUGCAGUCUAAACACUGCAAUAGAGAUGACGAAUGGGAAAACCCAAAAGAAUAAGCAGGAAAAUAGGGAUGUUUAUGAGAGCAUCGCCCUCAAGCAACACAACAAAGACCUUCAUUAGCCCUCAAACCAUAUAAUCCUGUAAUUGUGGGCACAGAGGACUCAGGUGUGAUCCUAAUGUUAGAUCAC